AUGCCACCCGCGGCCGAGGAGGAAAAUUCAAGCCCUCGCGAGGAGGUAUGGUCGCGUGCACCGCACGAUAAACAACCCAGGAAGCUCACAACCAGCCCAGGCGGGAAACAUUUCAGCCGAGACAUUAUCCCUACCGACAAAGACGGCAAUGUUGUAGGGUUAUGGCGUGUGAGUUCCAUGGCGGGUUUUCUGCUUACCCCGCGAUCGCGACUGACCCUGCCCCUCCAGGACCCCGGAGACCAGAUCGAAUCGUCGAGCGAAGAGGAGUCCUCCGAAGAAGAGAGCUCUUCUGAAGAAAGCGAAGAUGCGGAGGCUGGCCUGAGUACCACUGCAGCGAACGAGGCUGCAGACCAAACCCGUGAAGCGCGCCGGGCAGCCGCGAAAGCGAAGAAGCAAGCCGCGAUCGCCAAGCGCAAUCGGCUCGCCGCCCAGCCAGGCGAUCUACCACCCAGUGAUGACGAGGAAGAGGAAGACGAGACCGAUCUGCCCGCGAACCCGAACCAUACCGCCAAGUCGCGGUCGCAACUGGAGAAGAAGGAUGACGAGGAGCAGCCCAAGAAGAAGAAGGCCCAGGAUAUCUCACAGCUGUCGCGACGGGAGCGUGAGGCGAUCGAAGCGCAGCAGGCUCGGGAGCGAUAUCUGAAACUUCAUGCUGAGGGCAAGACUGAAGAGGCGCAAUCCGACCUGGCACGCUUGGCGCUCGUCCGGGAGCAGCGCGAGGCGGAGCGUGCUCGCAAGCAAGCCGAGAAGGAAGAGAAGGAGGAGCAGGCGAAGCAGAAGGCUGCUGCGAUCAAGGAGCGAGAGGAGAGGGCGCGAGCAAGUAAGCAGAAGAAGGGUGGGAAGAAGAAAUAA